UUUUUGUUUUUAAUUUGUUGAUAAAUCAAAAGCCGAGUCCAAAGGCCGAUGAAUCUGGACCGUUGGAUCUGCCUAAUUGAUUCAAUGGCUCAAGUCGUGAUUUCAUCAUUCACGAAGGUAGAGCGAAGGUUCAUACAUAUAUAUUUGUGGUCCAAUAACUCUGCAAGCUUGACUCCCUAUGCCUUGGGAUCAAGAUGUCAUCAACAAAAAUAAUUUUAAAAGGCCUCCUGAGCUUUUGAUCUGAGGAUUACACUGCAUACAUGGUCUCAUUGUUUUAGAGCUACAAAAUCCAUGCAUACCUCAAUUACGAGUGAAAAUAACAUGACAUUCUUUGUUUAUUAUGUUGUACUCGUGGCAACUAUAAUUAUUAUAGUGCCAGCAUCUGCAAAACCAUCAUCGUUUUCACUGUCAAUGGAAGCAAAAGCUCUACGGAUUAGUGGUUGGUGGAGCGGAAACAUCUCUUCAGCAAAUCACUGUGAGUUGCAGGGCAUCACUUGUAAUGAGGCAAGAAGUGUCACUCGCAUUGACCUUCACUUGUCUUAUACUUAUCCAUCCAGAAAGUUGGAAUACAUGAAUUGGACUUCAUUGCCAAACCUUGGAUAUCUAAAUUUGAGCUAUUGUUUCUUAGCUGGAAGCAUAUCUGACAACAUCGGUUCUCUGUCAAAGCUCACCUCCCUAGACCUCUCUUCCAACUCUCAACUUGAAGGUGCGCUUCCUUUAACCUUGGGAAACCUCACCCAACUGGUAGAACUUAACAUAUCUGGUACUCAAAUCAGUGGUCCCAUUCCUUCAGGUAUUGGUCAAUUAACCAAUCUAAUCUUUUUGGAUCUCCAUUCAAAUCUACUAAACAUUUCCAUCCCUUCAGAAAUAGGGAAUCUGAAGAAUUUGGUUGUGAUGGAUAUGAGUUCUAACAUCUUAAGUGGUCCAAUACCUUCAUCAAUUAGUAAAUUAACCAAUUUGACUUCUCUGGAUCUCUCUACAAAUCAAAUAAGUGGUUCUAUCCCUCCUGAAAUAGGAAAAUUAAAGAAAUUGGUUAAGUUGGGUAUGGGAACAAAUCAUAUAAGUGGUUCUAUCCCUCCUGAAACAGGAAAAUUAAAGAAUUAGGUUA